AAGAAUCAAAGCUUUGUGAGAGAUACGUGUGCCCUGGAAACCAUUUCGAAACUCCGGGUUAAAAAACUAGGGUUUAGGGUAUCUUGCUUGAAUCUAGGAUUCUUCUGGUUUUAGGGACAAGGCAGUGAGCUAUCCAUGGGGAGAGAAAGAGAGACGCCGAGGCAACAGGUGCCUUACACAGUUGAGCAGCUCAUUGCUGUGAAUCCUUAUAAUCCAGAUAUACUUCCUGACCUUGAGGCCUAUAUUCAUGAACAGGUUUCUUCUCAGACAUACAACUUGGAUGCAAAUCUUUGCCUUCUCCGACUCUAUCAGUUUGAGCCUGGGCGCAUGAAUAUCCAAAUUGUUGCACGGAUUUUGGUCAAGGCUCUCAUGGCUAUGCCAGCUCCAGAUUUCAGCCUCUGUCUUUUCUUAAUCCCAGAAAGAGUGCAAAUGGAGGAGCAAUUUAAGACUCUUAUUGUACUUUCCCACUACUUGGAGACUGCAAGGUUCCGCCAAUUUUGGGAUGAGGCUGCAAAGAACCGCAGCAUAGUUGAAGUAGUGCCUGGGUUCGAGCAAGCAAUUCAGGAAUACGCCAUUCAUGCUCUAUCUCUCACUUAUCAGAAGGUUCCCAGGCCUGUACUUGCAGAGGCCAUCAACAUUGAAGGACUAUCUCUUGACAAAUUUUUGGAGCACCAGGUCACACACUCUGGGUGGGUGUUGGAGAAGGGGCAUGGCAGGGGUCAGCUCAUUGUCCUCCCCCGCAACGAGUUCAACCACCCCGACCUCAAGAAGAAUGCAGCUGAUACCAUCCCCCUUGAACAUGUCACGCGCAUCUUCCCCAUUCUCUCCUGAUUGUCUACCAUUACUUCGACUCUUCAUCUUUCUAUUUUGUAGCGUCAUUGUCAGAAUUUCUUGGUUUGAUGAACUUUUUAUGAUUUUGUGGCAGUAGUGCUGUUUUUUUUUUUUCACUCCUUUUAGAACAAGGACGAGCUUCUUUCUGGCUUUUCUUGCCAUGUGAAAUGUACUUGAUGAACGAAUCGUUCCUGAUUUCGGGGCAGAAGUGUGGGGUUUUUCACUUGUAUUGAAACCAGCAAUAGCUUGUUUCUACCUU